AUGUCGACUACAUUUACAACGGCAUUGUCUACGCCCAUCACAAACACAACGACAACAGCAAAUGCCACCAAUUCAAUACGCAAAAGAAACACAAAGCUGUUCUUUACCCAAAUUUAUCACUAUCUCGCCGUUACCUUUCGUUUCAUAUACACCAUGAUGAAGCCCUCGGCCAGACUACUUGAUUUCAAAUCAGCCACCGCUAAUGCAACCAGCCAUAUACCCUCUACUACAACCACAGCUACUACUACUACUACUACUACUACUACUACUACUACUACAACAGCUUCACAAUACUAUAAAAACAAGACAUUAAUACUAGACUUGGAUGAAACACUAGUGCAUUCGGUUCGACUCGGUUCUGAAGCCUCUAUCAACACCAAGGUCAAUGCUUCAGUCAUUCGCAAAAACAUAGAAGUGCAAUGCGACAAGCAAAACCUCAUCUAUGAAGUGUACAAACGACCACAUGUGGAUUUUUUUUUAAAGACAAUUAGUCAAUGGUAUAAAGUGGUGAUCUAUACAGCUUCUAUGGCAGAAUAUGCUGACCCCGUGAUAGACUGGCUGGAUCAGGACAAUUUGAUUUCACAGAGAUUCUUUCGACAAUCUUGCGUUUUAAAAAAUGGCAAUUUCCUCAAGGACCUGACACUCGCAGAACAAGAUUUGUGUAAAGUUUGUCUAGUGGAUAAUAGUCCAAUUGCUUUUGAUUUAUAUAAAGAAAAUGGCAUUGCUUUACCCACCUGGAUAUCAAACCCCAACGAUGAAAGUUUACUGGAUCUCUUGCCUUUUCUAGAUGCCCUUCGUUUUGCGGCCGAUGUGAGAAGUAUAUUACGACUACAACACAAGUUGAAAUGA